CUGGGGCUAGUGGAAGAAAGGGAAUCCUGAGAAAAGGCAGCCCUACAGCUACAGCAGAGGGCAGAGGUUAAAUCUGUUGGCGUUUUUAUCGAAAGUAUGGUCACUGCACACCCUCUCCCUGAAGGCUUCACUGAAUUAGAGGUGUUUGCCAUCGGCACUGCCCUGCUGGUAGAAGCCCUGCUUGGUUUCUGUCUGAAUGGCUUGACAAUUAUUUCUUUCCGGAAAAUCAAAGAACUCCGAACACCCAGCAACCUGCUGGUUCUCAGCAUUGCACUAGCUGACUGUGGGAUCUGCGUCAAUGCAUUCAUCGCUGCCUUUUCCAGCUUCCUAAGAUACUGGCCUUACGGCUCUGAUGGCUGCCAAAUUCAUGGAUUCCAGGGCUUCUUGACAGCACUAGCCAGCAUUAGCUCCAGCGCAGCAGUUGCCUGGGACCGGUAUUAUCACUACUGUACAAGGAGCAAGAUGCAGUGGAGCACAGCCUUCUCCAUGAUGGUGUUUGUGUGGCUCUUUGCUGCUUUUUGGGCUGUAAUGCCCUUGCUGGGCUGGGGGGAAUACGAUUACGAACCCCUCCGAACCUGCUGCACUCUGGACUACAGCAAAGGGGACAGAAACUAUAUCACGUUCCUUUUUGCUCUGUCAAUUUUCAAUUUCAUGAUACCGGGCUUCAUCAUGCUGACAGCCUAUCAGUCCAUACACCAGAAGUUCAAGAAAAGUGGGCAGUAUAAGUUUAAUACUGGUUUACCAUUGAAGACACUGGUCAUUUGCUGGGGUCCUUACUGCCUAUUAUGUUUCUACGCAGCAGUUGACAACGUGAUGUUCAUUUCACCCAAAUACCGCAUGAUUCCUGCCAUUAUUGCCAAGACUGUGCCAACGGUGGAUGCCUUUGUAUACGCCCUGGGGAAUGAAAACUACAGGGGAGGAAUAUGGCAGUUCCUCACAGGACAGAAGAUUGAGAAAGCAGAGGUUGAUAACAAAACUAAAUAACCCGUUAUGGCAUUAAGCAAAAUGAACGCAGGUACAUCACUGAAACCAAAACACUAGAGGAAACUGUGUGCAUUCUCAUGCAAGGUGAUUCCACAUUGGAAAGGCCAUGCAUUUGCUACAAGUAAUGAAGUACUGAAAGAAAGCCCUCCAGAUAACUGUCCAAACCAUCAUGAGCUGCUUGUCAAACAA